AGAGGAGGAGGAAAGAAGCGAGGAGGGAGGGAUCUAAUCUCGGGCUGCAGCGUGGCUCUGUGUCUGAAUGAAAGAACCUCUCUUUCUCUCUCUCUGUUUUCUGUCUGUCUCGUGCAUGGCUUAUAUCCGCUGCAGCAAGUGAGCACAUGUACAGAGCAAACAACUCUCCAAACUGGAAGUAAAUAUUUUGCAGAGGCUCCAGCUGAAGCACUUUCACUUUCCAAAUGGCUCUGUGAGCUGCAUCUUUUCAAAAGGCUGGAUUACGCUCUCAGAAAUGUGACUGCGCGUUUUUGAGGACUGAUUUGCAUCCAGAGAAGUAUCAUGUGAUGGAUGAUUCAUCUUCCGCUUCUGGGACAUUUGAAACUUCAUAUCCUUUUCAGUUGCAGGUCAGGUGUGAUUCUGAGUUGAUGCACACGUCUGCACGCAUGGCUGCCUGAAACCACAGGAACCUGGACCAGGCAACACACCUUAAGUUUCAGAUCUUUGCUCGAUGGACACAGGUGGAGAUGUGUCUUGCACAUUGCUCUAAACUAACCCAUACAAGCUGCUUAGACUGAACACAUCACUGCAUCAGAUCCACACUUACCUGAACUGAAAGACAGCCUCUUUGCACUAUGACCCCACAGAUCUGUAAUCUUGCCCCCCAGUGCAUCCUACAGCACACCUCCCUCCCCUACCUACUUCUGUCUGUGCUACUAUUGCUCCGUCAGGCCUGGUGGGGGAGCUGUCACCCACAGUGUUUGGACUUCAAACCCCCGUUUGAGCCCCGGCAGCCAUUGGCCUUGUGUAAAGAGUACUCCAAGUUUGGAUGCUGUGAUUUGGAGAAGGAUGGGGAGCUGUUGUUGAAGUUUUACAGCAUCAUGGAGAACUUUGACCAUUCAGGUUACGUCACCUGCGGCAAAUACAUACGCAGCCUUCUCUGCCAGGAAUGUUCUCCGUACGCUGCCCACUUGUACGAUGCCGAGGAUGCCAACACACCAAUACGGAUGAUGCCUGGACUGUGUGGUGACUAUUGCACCGACUACUGGCAUCAGUGUCGAUACACACUCAGUCUCCUCUUGGAGAACAGGGAGAGCCCGCAUCAGUUUGCCAACCUGACUGCGACGUUAGAAGAAGAUCGCGGGAGGUUCUGCGACUAUCUGGAGCUGAAGGACAAACAGUACUGCUAUCCAAAUGUGCUGACUAACACAGAGCUAAAUGCUAACCUUGGCUCGGUACGUGAGAGUCCCAAAGGCUGUCUGGAGUUGUGUUUACAAGAGGUUGCCAACGGCCUCCGCAACCCUGUGGCCAUGAUCCAUGCAGAUGACGGAACUCACCGCUUCUUUGUGGCAGAGCAGCUGGGAUAUGUGUGGGUGUAUUUGGCUAACGGCUCCAGGAUCGAUCGGCCUUUCCUGAACCUCACGCGGGCCGUCCUCACGUCACCGUGGAACGGAGACGAGCGAGGGUUCCUCUGCUUAGCCCUGCAUCCAAGGUUCACAACAGUCAGAAAAGCCUAUGUGUACUACUCCGUGUCUGUCAAGAAGGAGGAGCGGAUACGGAUCAGUGAGUUCACGCUGUCAGCUCACGAUGAAAACCAACUGGACCACUCCUCUGAGAGAACCAUCCUUGAGGUGGUAGAGCCAGCAUCCAAUCAUAACGGAGGACAGCUUCUGUUUGGCCAUGACGGCUAUCUGUACAUCUUCAUCGGCGAUGGCGGUCGAGCCGGGGACCCCUUUGGAAAGUUUGGCAACUCGCAGAAUAAGUCAACACACCUUGGAAAGGCGCUGCGCAUUGAUGUCGACAACAAUGAUGAUGGUGCUCCGUACAGCAUCCCAUCAGACAACCCGUUCCUGGGGGAGAAAGACGCAAAACCAGAGAUUUAUGCAUAUGGAGUGCGCAACAUGUGGCGUUGCUCUAUCGACCGCGGGGACACCGCUACAGGGCGAGGCAGAGGCAGGAUGUUCUGUGGUGAUGUGGGCCAGAACAAAUACGAAGAGGUGGAUCUCAUUGUUAAAGGAGGGAACUAUGGAUGGAGAGCCAAGGAGGGCUUCAGCUGCUACGAUCGCAAACUCUGUCAAAACUCAUCUCUGGAUGAUGUCUUGCCGAUCUUUGCCUACCCCCACAAGCUGGGCAAAUCAGUGACAGGAGGAUACAUCUACAGGGGGUGUCAGAUGCCCAACCUCAAUGGACUCUAUAUCUUUGGGGAUUUCAUGAGUGGGCGACUGAUGUCUUUAAAAGAGAAUGUCACCACAGGAGAGUGGCAGUACAAUGAGAUCUGCAUGGGCGCCGACCAGACCUGCAGAUUCCCCAAACUCAUCAACAGUUAUUACAAAUACAUCAUCUCUUUUGCGGAGGAUGAGGCAGGUGAACUGUAUUUCUUAGCCACGGGAGCCCCGAGUGCCACAGCCAGGGCAGGAGUUAUCUACAAAAUUAUUGACCCAUCCAGGCGAGCUCCACCAGGAAAAUGCAGCAUCAAACCGACACAUGUUAAUGUAAAGGGAAAACUGAUUCACUUCCACCCCAAAGAAGAGUUUGUCAUCAACAAGAAACCCACCACGACACCUGUUCCCACGACGACCACAAGGAGAACAACAACAACAACAAAGAAAUCACCAAGAAAACCCAUAAUAAUAAUAAAGCCGCCAAUGCCAACAAGAAAGACAAAAACACAGCUGCCGCCACCACCACCAACGACAGCGACAAGAAAACCAACAUUGCAGACAACAAGAAAAACAACGACAAAGGCAACAUCCCCAACAGCGUCAACCAUAAAAGCAACAAUAAAAACAGCCGCCGCGACAAUUAAACCAACAACAUUACCCACCACUGUCCAGCUGGCCAUGGAAACAACUCCCGCCACAACCACACCCACUGGUUAUCGCACAACCGUCAUGACUGCAGUCUCCUCUAAGAUUGCUCAAACCCCAAUCAUCAUCACAAGUCCAACAAGGAGACACGGGAGACCCCUUCAGUAUUCACUUAGUACCACCUCCCAACCAUUAACCUCACUGCAGGUUCGUCCUUCUCCAUCCACACCAUCCUCCAAACAAACCCAGGUGGCUCUGGGAUCUACACGUUACCCUGAGCGUCCUGCAUCGUGGGCCACACCUCGUCCACCACACUGGAACCUCAAACCCACCACGACCUCCUACAAGCCCCAGAGAACACCAGUAAACACCACCAUGUCUAAAGCACAAGGAGGGGAGAAGCUGUGGCUCAGACAGAAGCUGGGAACUACUGGUGAGGGCAACCAGGUAUAUAAGAGGCCCAGAGGAAGAGGUAGAGGUCAUGUUUACGUAAGAGGACGGGGAGGUAGAAAGCUGAGGGCUGGCUCAGUGCGACUGGUGAGCACUGGCGGCUUAUCAGAUCGAGGUAGAGUGGAGAUCUUUAUCCGCGGAGAGUGGGGGACAGUGUGUGAUGACCUUUUCACCAGCAAGGCAGGCACCGUCGUGUGUCGACAGCUCGGCUUCACCACAGCAUUGGCGGUGAUGAAGCGGGCCGCGCUGGGGGAGGCAGACAGCAGUGUCAGGAUCAUGCUGGACGACGUGGAGUGUGAGGGCGGGGAGCGAUCGCUGUUGGAGUGCAAGAGAUCCAAAGUUGGGAAACAUAACUGCUCACAUGGAGAAGAUGUGGGAGUGAUCUGCGGUUAGCGCAGCAAGGUGAAAAGUAGGAAACCACAGGGAGGUAAGGGGGACACUGUGGGGUUAUGUAUGGUACUGUCACACAUAAUAAGUGACUGCAGUAGGAAGGGGAACGCCAUAAAAAACUGCACAUGAUAAAACAUGAAUGUUCAACAGAAUUUGCCAGCAUUUCCAUGAACUGUAUUUUGUUAUUUGCCUUUGCUGUAUAUUGUUUCCAACUGCUAAAUGCUGAAAUGUCCGCCUUUAUGUUAUCUUAUAAGUCUUGCUAUUCACUUUGAACAAAGUAAAGGACAGUGCAGAAGGUAUAUAUCCUCCCCAAGUCUUCUCUUGGCCUGAUGUGAUGUUAAUUUGAUCAUUGAACAUUCUCUAAACUGUAACAAACUGUAUGAACUAAUGUUAACCCAGUGACGAAGUCAAGGAAACUCAUCUUAGGGAACUUUCACACCAGAGUUAUUUGGUCUGCUUUAAACGGACCAGAGUUUGUUUCCUCAGAUACUCCGCUUCGUUUGGGCGGGUGUGAAAGCUCAUCCGAACUCUGGUGCGGACCAAACAAGCCUGAAAACGUGGGUCUCUGUUCGCUUGCAAGCGAAGGGAAAUGUAAACGGACUAUCCAGCGAACCAAAGACAGGAAGUGAAUCAAAUAGUCCGCUGCCUUGUCUGUUGCUCAUACUGGGCAACGUCUUGUGAAAAACCAAUUAGGUUUGAAUGUCAAACUAAAAACAGAAACCUCAAGACUGCAUACAUUUGGUGUCGCUCCAUUGUUUGUUCUUGUGGUUAACAUGCCAACUGAAGGGCAUGGAUUUCCAUUUUCAGUCCUGGCCAAUUGAUGAGGUUUUCUUCUUCCUCAUGCUUUUUUUCUUCCUGGCCAGUGCUGCUGCUUACAAAAGUGCAGUGUGAAAGUGAACCAAACGAAGGUGUGAAAUUUUUCGGCAUCCCCCCACCCACCACCCAGUCGAACCGAGUCCCCCAGACUAUGCUGGUGUGAAUGUGUCCUUAAACUCAGUUGUUACCAGACCCAGACCACUGGCUCCAAAUUGCAGGCAGAGUCAUUUUAAACUCAACAACAGCAACAACUUAUGCCAAAUCAAGUCUUUUCAAUGGAAUUGCAGCAAUCAGAGAAACGACUUGCACAGAAAUGCGUACUUUGCAUAUUCACACAAGUGCAACCAUCCAAUUUUACAACAAUGUUAAUCCAUUGUGCUAAAGUGUAAACUGCUCCACAUUUCACUAUAGUCCUGUCAAUAAUUUCAUGGGAAUAAGAUAGUGAAAUUGCAUUCCCUAGAAAUAACAGUAUUACCUGUGUGAUUAGGGAGCAAAGUAUAGUCAGUGUCUCUUGUUCAUUCAUUCAUUCAUUCAUUCAUUCAUUCAUUGUCUACCGCUUUAUCUUCCACUUGAGGGUCGCAGGGUCACUGGUGCCAAUCCCAGCAGACAUAGGGCGAAAGGCAGGGUAUCACCUGGCCAUUGCAAGACCAACACAGAGACAACAAAUUCACUGUCAUACUCACACCUACUGACACUUUAGAAUGUCCAAUCAACCUCUGCAUGUUUUUGGACUGUGGGAGGAAACCAGAUGUGGGUAAUGUGAAAAUGUUAACUGACCACAAACUUGUCAAAAUACAAUUAGCUGGCUUUGGACAGACCCUUAAUAAUCCAUCAUUUCUGUUUACAUAUUUACUUGUGAACAGUUUGUCAAUAGUUUUUAUUGCAUAAUUUCAGCAGGUCUAUUUUGUUUUCUGAUAAUAUUUUGAAUGUAAUUUAAAAAAAAAAUUCAGCAAACAACAUGUCCAGUUUUAUAUAAAGGGAUUUAACAGCACAGAGUGUCUAUGAUAUGAAUAAAGUUAACUGCAAAGUGA